AUGGAAUCAGUAUUCGAGGGUUUUUCUUCCGGCAGUGAAAUAUUCACCAAACAUGUAGACCGCUGGCGAAGGAUCAGCUUCGGCGUACCGGUACUCGAUCGUCUCACGGACGGUGGCGUCUCCUGCCGAGGCGUAUUCGAAAUUGCCGGAGAUCCUGGUGCGGGAAAAACGCAAAUCGCUUUGAAACUAGCGCUUACAGCUCAACGCGAGUUUCCGGAUGCAUCCGUGGUGUACAUAUGUACCGAGCAUAUGUUCCCGUCCGGAAGAUUGCUACAGAUGGAACAAGCGUACAAGUGCCAGCAUCCGCAAGAUAGCACAGUGCAAGAUCGCAACUUUGCGGAUCACAUUAUGGUCGAGCAUGUUCGAUGUGUGCCUUCCUUAAUGGCAUGUCUGUUCGACCGGUUGCCAAAACUAUUAGAUAAAACCAAAAUCAGUGUGCUCAUCGUUGAUUCCAUCACCAGCCCAUUUCUGGAAGAGAGGAACUACAUUUCGCGGGCGGAAACAUUCCGUACGAUUGUGGACCGCUUGCAACACUUCCAGGAGCAGUACAAUUUUGCCAUCUUUGUCACAAACCAGGUUCGGUCCGUGAUUGAUUCGUCAACGCUCGACGAUCAACGACUUGUCCCCGCACUCGGUCUAGCCUGGAGCUCACUGGUGCACACCCGUUUGCAGCUUUCACGUAGAAUUAACUCCAACAAACGAAGAUGUACGGUUAUGUUUGGACCGGGCUUAGCUCCGAAUCAUGGACACUAUUAUAUCGACGAGUCAGGCCCGGUGGAUGUCCAACUAGUGUAAACGGAAGCAAAUUCCUAA